GGCCUUCGCAGUCUCCAACCACACCAACUGCAAUCCCGCGCCUCCAAAAGAUGAUCGCUUCCUCCCUACCGCACGCGUUCCGGUGGUCGCCUUCUCCAUGGCUUCCGCUUCUCCUCCGGCCUCGCUUCUCCUUAGGACUCGCCCUCGAAGGCUUUCCCUCCCUCAUCCCGCCGCCGCCGCCGCUCGCCCUACAUUAGACGGUAGUCAGGGUCUCCGACGGGCGCCUCGCCGCCUCUUUCUCGGCAUCGGCGCCUCCUUCCUCGACCAGGUCGCCCACAUGGCCUCCGGCAGCGGCGGCCGCUCCUUUGUGGCCUCGGCUCGACCCCAGCGAGGCGUUUCUCCCGUCGAACAGAUUCUGAAAAAUGUAGUGUGGCCGGAGACGUUUCCUUUCAAGGACGAGGAUUUCAACCGCUUUGAUGAAUCACCGGAUUCUCUUUUCUACUCAGAGCCUCGUUUUGUUACACACAUUGAUGACCCCGCAAUUCGUGCUCUUACCGAGUACUAUUCGGAAGUAUUUCCUCCAAGUAAUUCAUCAGGUGUUUGUCUAGUAGAUUUAUGUAGCAGUUGGGUUAGCCAUUAUCCAGCUGGCUACAGGCAGGACAGAAUUGUGGGAAUGGGCAUGAAUGAGGAAGAGCUCAAGCGAAAUCCGGUUUUGACAGAAUAUAUUGUGCAAGAUCUGAAUGUUAACCCUAAGCUUCCGUUCGAGGAUAACACUGUUGAUGUUAUAACCAAUGUGGUUAGUGUUGAUUACUUGACCAAGCCGAUUGAUGUUUUCAAAGAGAUGCAGCGGAUACUCAAACCAGGAGGUUUGGCUAUAAUGAGUUUUUCAAAUCGAUGCUUUUGGACAAAAGCCAUCUCUAUUUGGACAUCAACUGGUGAUGCUGAUCAUGCCUGGAUUGUAGGGGCCUAUUUUCAUUAUGCUGGAGGUUUUGAACCACCCGUCGCUGUGGACAUAUCUCCCAACCCUGGGCGUUCUGACCCGAUGUAUGUUGUAUACUCCAGAAAGCAGACGGCUGACCAACCACCUCUGCUUUGAUAAGGGGUUCUUAAAUCUCAGAAAGAAAGAAAGUCACUAAAGGCAGCAACGUUGUAGCAGUAGAAGAAUGAUCAGCACCUUCAGAUUUAGGCCCAAACGGACGUCCAGCAUGACCUAAUAAAGCCGUAGGAGCUGUGCUUUCGUCUCCACCCCCACAUCAAUUGCCUUUGUAGUCUCACGGAGAUCAUUUUCGAGUAGGUGUUUGCCAAAGAAGCUGUGUCCUGGACCGAGUGAAUGGCAGAGUACUUUGAUAGCAAGAACAAAUUAUAUGCAAAAUGUUCAAAGUUUGGUCCGGCCGUUCACAGAAAGUAGUGUUUCAUUGUAGACUGGCAUUGCUGUUGUUGCGAUAUAAAUUGUAUAUGUUUCAUUCACCAUAAGGCUUCUAGAUAGAAUAUAUUACCGUUUUCUUUCAGCCAAGCGAUUCCUGUAUUGUGACUGGCGUGGGUUGUGAAAUGGGAACUCAAGUAAUAAAUA